AUGUUAGGCGGUAUAGGUAUGGAUGCGCUUCAAGUGUAUCCCAUAUCGCAGGCGAACGCCAACCAGCGAAGCGGUCGCGCGGGCCGAACGGGUCCGGGAUGUUGUUAUCGGUUGUACACCGAAACUCAAUACAAACACGAAAUGUUGGCCAACACUGUGCCCGAGAUUCAGAGGACUAAUUUAGCGAACGUUGUGUUACUAUUGAAGUCACACGGAGUGCAAGACUUAUUGCAGUUUCAUUUCAUGGAUCCGCCGCCGGAGGACAAUAUGUUGAAUUCCAUGUAUCAGUUGUGGAUAUUGGGCGCACUCGACAACGUCGGACAGUUGACUAAUUUGGGCCGAAAUAUGGUUGAGUUCCCAUUGGAUCCGGCGAUGAGUAAAAUGCUUUUGGUGUCAACCGAAAUGAGGUGUUCGUCCGAAGUGUUAAUAAUAGUGUCGAUGCUUUCCGUUCCGUCCAUUUUCUUUCGGCCCAAAGGGAGGGAAGAGGAGAGCGAUUUGGUUCGCGAGAAGUUUCAGGUGCCGGAGUCGGACCACUUGACACUUCUCAAUGUCUACCUUCAGUGGCAAACGCAUCACUUCUCCACCCAUUGGUGUCAACAGCACUUCAUUCAAGCAAAAGCGCUGCGAAAAGUGCGUGAAGUGAGGCAACAGCUCAAAGAGAUCAUGGAAUCACAGAAAUUGCCGGUCCUUUCGUGCGGAACCGAAUGGGAUUGUGUCCGGAAGUGCAUCUGUUCGGCGUAUUUCCAUCAGGCGGCCAGACUUAAGGGCAUCGGAGAGUAUGUCAACUGUCGCACAGGAAUGCCCUGUCAUCUGCACCCGACCUCAUCCCUCUAUGGCAUGGGAUUCACUCCCGAUUAUGUCGUUUAUCACGAAUUAAUGAUGACUACCAAAGAGUACAUGCAUUGCGUCACUGCAGUGGAGGGCCAGUGGAUGGCAGAGUUGGGACCGAUGUUCUACUCCAUCAAAGAGUCCAAUAAAUCACGGUUUGAACGAAAACAAGAACAGAGAGACCAUCAAAAGGAAAUGGAGUACGAAAUGAAUUUAGCGCAGCAACAGAUCAUACGGCGCAAAGAGGAGUCCGACUCACAGCACACAACCCCCAGGGCUACACCUAUUGCCACUCCUGGACUCAAACGGCCCAACACUCCCGGCACACCUCGACGAACGCCUUCGCGAUUCGGGCUUUAA